GUGAACCGCGCAAGCAUUUCUGCGGUGAGCCGGGGCUGGUAUUUCGGCUUCAAUUCUUACUAAGACUAGGGCUGCUCCUUCUUUCUGUCUUUUUCAUUCUCGCCAUUGCCCUCCAUCCCAUCUCUGCAUUCCUCCUUUUUUGAAAACACACCUCUCGCCUCUAGUCAUGACCUCCUCCAUCCUCCGCUUCAGCAACGACGCUGAGAUCAGUCAGGCCAUCGAGACCUGCCGCCAGACCUACAAGGCCGGAUACACAAGGCCUCUCAAGUUCCGUCGCCAUCAGCUCGAGCAGCUCUGGCGCCUCCUCGACGACAACGUCGAACAGAUCAUCGAUGCCAUCUACAAGGACCUGCACAAGCACCGUAACGAGACCUGUCUCGGUGAGCUCUUCCCUUCCAAAGAGGAGAUCAACGAUGCCCUCGAGCAUCUCGAGGAGUGGGCUAAGGACGAGUACAUUGAGCCCUCGCUCAUCAACAAGUAUGGCGUCACCUGUCUUGUCCGCAAGGAACCCAAGGGUGCCGCGCUCAUCGUUUCGCCUUGGAACUACCCUGUCUUCUUGACCUUUGGCCCCUUGGCCGGCGCCAUGGCUGCCGGCUGCACGGCCGUAGUCAAGCCCUCAGAGCUGGCCCCCCACACCGCCAAACUCCUUACAGAGUUGUUCCCCCGCUAUCUUGACAGCCGCGCCUACAUCAUCGUUAACGGUGCUGCUCAUGAGACGACCAAGUUGUUGGAGCACAAGUGGGAUCAUAUCUUCUAUACCGGUAACGGUACGGUUGCCAAGAUCAUCAUGAAGGCCGCCUCUCAGCACUUGACACCCUUGACUCUGGAGUUAGGAGGCAAGUCCCCGGCGGUCAUUGACGAGAACGCCAACAUGCUUGUCGCCGCCAGACGCAUUGCCUUCGGCAAGACCUUCAAUGCUGGUCAGACAUGCGUUGCUCCCGACUAUCUGUUGUUGACGCAAAAGGGAGAGGAAAAGUUCAUUCCAGUGUUCAAGAAGGUCUUGAUCGAGAUGUUCGGCACCAAUCCCCAGAACUCACCGGAUUAUGCACGCGUGAUUAAUAACCGCCACUGGCACCGUCUGAUGAAGGUCUUGAACGAGAACCAGUCGGGAGAGGUCGUGAUUGGCGGACAGUCAGACGAGAAGGAUCUUUACAUCGCCCCGACGGUCGUUUUGAACGUCGACCGCGAGGACAAGCUCAUGGAGGACGAGAUUUUUGGACCACUCCUGCCUGUGAUUCGUGUCGCAGAUGUGGACGAUGCGAUCGAGUAUAUCAACUCGAAGGACGAUCCCCUGUCGCUCUAUAUUUUCUCCGAUAACAAGAAGUUCUCGAAGAAGGUCAUUGAUCACACCCGCUCGGGAGCCGUCUCUGUCAACGAGUGCCUGCUCCAUGUCACGGAGGGACAUCUGCCCUUUGGAGGUAUUGGAUCUUCGGGCAUGGGCAACUACCACGGCAAGAAGUCCUUUGAUGCCUUCACCCAUGAGCGCUCGGCUAUGAUCAAGACCACGAAUCCGGUCUUUGAGGCUGCGCUCGCCGUCCGCUAUGCGCCCUACACCAAGAACAACCUGCGUCUUGCCCGUGUCUUCCUCGAAUCUGUGCCCAGGUUCAAGAGGAACUUUGUCUGGAGGCACAUCAAGUGGAUUGUCAUCGCACUCAUCUUUGGAAUUGGCUACAAGCGACUUGCAUAAAAUGAACAUACAUACAUAUCUUCUCUCUCUCUUUUCUUAAGCAGUACCAAUGAAUAAAGAAAAGGCGUUCGUGGCCUACGCAUACC